UUCACCCUGCCACUACACACCAAAGCUCAUUCACCCACACCGGAAGUCCGGAACGAACGCGCAUCGUCUCUCCCACAGCCCCAGAUGCCUCUCUCGGCAGCUUCCAUCCCCAAUGCCUUCCUCCUCCUCAUCCUCCUCGUAGACGCCACGGCCUCCGCCGCCGCGUCCGUCCCGGCGGGCGACGGCGACGUGAACACGACGGUGUUCACCAGUGGCGCGGCGACGUCGUCGCCCCGCGACGACACGGAGAUGUACAUCUGCUACCUCUGCACGGGGCGCAACCCGCUGCUGAUCAGGUACUGCCCCAUCUACUGGGACGAGUGCCACCUCGUCUGCUACGCCGACGCCGACACGUCUGCCGCCGCCACCGCCUCCGCCAUUCCCGCCGCGGCCGCGCCGCCGUCGCUGGGUCCGCCGGCCGACCCCGCUACCGGGGUGCGCGACGAGGAGUGCUACGUCAUGAAGCUGUACCGUAACGGCAGCUACACCAUCGUCAGCCGCCUGGGGUGCUCCCAGAUCGCCAGGUGCCUCCUCUCCUGCGGCGGCGGCGACAUGGCCCACCGGAAUGCCCUGGGCGCCGCCACCGCGGGGCCGGCGACGACGGCGGCGAUCCAGGGGAGCUUUCCGCCCCCGCGCAUCGCGGAUUUCCAGCGGUGCGGCACGCAGGUCAAUGCUCCGUGAGUCCGAGGGCUCCACCGAGCGCCGCCGUCCCGGCCGGUGGUGCGCGCGGCGGCGGCGGCGCUAGCUCCUCUCUGAUGGGAUGGACGCGUGCCGCGCGUGUGCGGUGGCUGCGUGCGCAAAUGUGCCGUAAUGA